GUACAGACGUGAACUAGGAAGUGAACACCGGGCGCAUUGACUCCGCCGUUGCGUUUUAUUUGACAAAAAUAAAUAAAAAAACGAUAUUUACAUAAAAUACUAACUUAUUUGAUAAGUUGAAUGUAGUUUAGUGUUUCCGCCACAAACAUUUACAUGAAUUACGCGAUAGAGAGUAAGGCUAAGUUUAGCUCCGAUGCUAGCAUGUCGGCGAGCUACCCCACGCCGCUGUACGCUCACGCCGCGCGGGGAGACUUCCGAGAUGUCUACGAGCCGUCAGAAGAUUCGUUCUUGCUCAUUGACUCGCUGGAGAAAGAUGCGGAAAAGCUCCAGCGGAUGAGGCCGUGCGUCUGCGUGGAGGUCGGCAGCGGCUCCGGCGUGGUGUCUGCGUUUCUUGCAUCCGUGUUAGGACCCUCAUCUGUCUAUUUUUGCACGGAUGUGAAUGGCACAGCGGCGCAGUGCAGCGCCAAGACCGCAUCGUGCAACAACGUGUGCCUGCAGCCGGUCAUCACAGACCUGGUGGAGUGUUUCCUGCCCCGGUUAAGUGGACAAGUGGACGUGCUGCUCUUCAACCCCCCUUACGUGGUGACGUCAUCCAGUGAGGUGGGCAGCACAGGCAUAGAAGCCGCCUGGGCAGGUGGGAGGCGAGGCCGUGAGGUCAUUGACAGGUUUCUACCAGCCGUGUCCCAGUUGCUGUCCAGUCAAGGACUCUUCUACUUGGUCACCAUAGCAGAAAAUGAUCCAGAGGAGAUCAUCCAGCUACUGCGCGGAUACGGUCUGCACGGAUACCUACACCUGUCAACCAGAGCUGGAAACGAGAGACUUGCAGUCCUGCGCUUCCAUAAGCGCCAACAAACCUGAACUUGAAAUGCUUUUGGAGCACAAACCUGAGGGUGAAAAUAUGAAAAAUCAAUGACACGUCCAUCCUCACUAAGAUGGACAGCUCCGCUGGAGACCAGCUCCAUGGCCGCAGGGAAGGCCCUGUGCUCGGCCUCUUUGAUUCGGGCCGACAGACUUUCUUCGGUGUCGCCGCUCACCACUGGCACCGCCUCCUGCACGAUGAUGGCCCCUGCGUCCACCUCCUCCUGAUAGACAGAACAAGCCCGUUCAGCUGGGUUGCAUACGCGUGUCGGUGACAAUAUGGCUGACUUACCGCAACAAAGUGGACCGUGCAGCCACUAACCCGCACCCCGGCCUGGAGAGCCUGCUUUUGGGCGUUCACACCCUUGAAGGAAGGCAGCAAGGAGGGAUGGAUGUUCAAGAGCUUACCUAAAAUGAGAUCAUGUUAAAAAUAAAAUGUGAUUCAUAGUGACACUCAUACCUCAACUCACUGUUCCAUUUCUUAACAAAACCCCCCGUGAGGAUCCGCAUGAAUCCAGCCAGACACACAAGCUCCACCCCAAAUUCUUCGAGGACGCGGUCGAUGGUGCCGUCAAACUCCGCUCGGCUUCCGUAGAGUUUGUGGUCCACCACCUGGAUCCAUGUGCAAGAAAAAUCAAACUCCACACUUUCUCAAGUUUCCCCACAGAAAUGUUCAUAAUUGGCCAUGACGCAUUUGCAAAGAGUGAGUAAAAAAAUAUAAGCACAACUAAGUUAGCAAACUUCUGUUGCUUGUUUUCUUUUAUGUCGUAUGUUGGAGGUGCCUGGCAGGGCCUUUAGAUGAAGGAGGGGCCCACAGCUGUACCUGGAGCUUGUUAGUAGGGCUGCGAAUCUUUGGGUGUUCCACGAUUCCAUUCAAUAUCGAUUCUUGGGUCACGAUUAGAUUAUAAAUCGAUUUUUUUCAAUUCAAAACAAUUAUCUAUUCAUUCAAUACAUAGAUUUCAGCAGGAUCUACCCCAGUCUGCUGACAUGCAAGCAGAGUAGUAGAUUUUUGUAAAAAGCUUUUAUAAUUGUAAAGGACAAUGUUUUAUCAACUGUUUGCAAUAAUGUAAAUUUGUUUUAACUAUUAAAUGAACCAAAAAUAUGACUUAUUUUAUCUUUGUGAAAAUAUUGGACACAGUGUGUUGUCAAGCUUAUGAGAUGCGAUGCAAGUGUAAGCCACUGUGACACUAUUGUUCAUUGUUAUUUUUUUUAUAAAUGUCUAAUGAUAAUGUCAAAUGAGGGAUUUUUAAUCACUGCUA